GUGCGAUUGAUUUCUAUCAAUCAUAUUUUAUUCUACAGUAGAUACAUUUAAAAUAUUUGCCUUUAAAAUGCCACCUCCAGAAAAAACAUUUUACUGUAUAUUCUUAGGCCCCCCAGGAUCUGGAAAAGGGACGCAGGCUAAAAAAAUAAUCGAUAUACAUCAUGUCUUCCAUUUGUCCACAGGUGAUUUGUUGAGAGAAAUGGCUGCAACAGGUACUGAACUAGGGAAAAAGGUUAAAGGUAUUAUGGAUAAAGGCGAGUUAGUUUCAAAUGAUGUCAUGUUUGCAAUUUUGGAAAAAAAGUUAUUGUCUCCAGAGUGUAAACAUGGUGUUAUAUUUGAUGGCUUCCCUAGAAAUAUAGCACAAGCACAAGAACUGGACAAAAUGAUGACAAAAUUGCAGAAGAAGUUGAGUUGCGUCAUCGAAUUCAAAGUACCGGAUGAGAAUUUGAUCGGCCGGAUAACUGGUAGACUUAUACACGAACCUAGUGGAAGAACUUAUCACAUCAAAAACAAUCCGCCUAAAGUGCCUAUGAAGGAUGAUGUAACGGGAGAACCCCUUAUACAGAGGCCGGACGACAAUGUUAAAGUUUUAGAAGAAAGGCUUAAAGUUUAUCACAGUCAAACGAAGCCACUCAUAGAGUUUUAUUCGAACCCGGCUCACAAAGGGUUGUUGAAAGUUGUCAUAGCUUCCAAACCUUUGGAUCAAGUCUUCAAGGAUGUCGAGGAUAUUUUAAAAAGCCUUCCUUGAAAUGGAAAUAUUCGAUAUUCCGGCUCUAUAUUUUUUUGUUAGAAAAAAUGCGAUAAUUAUAUUUAUAAAUGAAAGUUUUUGUGUCAUUUUUGGAAUUUGAUUUUUUUUAAAUUAUAGAAAAAUUGUCUAAUUUGUUUUAUUUAUUGGAUAUUAUAGAAGUAUUUUUUUUCCUCUUCUUUCCGUAUAUCCU